AUGGAGACAUCCCACGCUACUGCUGAUGAAGGCAAUAUGUUGGGUCAUUUGACUGCCCCUAAUACUGCUACAAAACGGAAUCCAGCGGUUGAUAUCGGUGCAGCUCCUCGUGUAUCAAAGCAAAUUCCAAUCAAGUCCAGGUGGAAUGAUGUCGCUGACACUAUCGGGUCAGAUGGUUCAAUGUUUGUUGGCAUUGGUAGGGAAGAUCCACCUGUUCUGGAGGAUGUUGGGGCAUCAAUGACGAAGCGUCCUCCCAACUCGACUAUGGGCAGCAUGAUUCCUGCAAAGAAAAGGCAAACGAAGGCAUGA